AUGCCGAAAAUCACGAUCGUCGGAGCUGGUAUCACUGGCAUGGCUAUUGCCAGCAUGCUGUCACGUUCCAACGAGGUGACAAUCGUUGCUAGAAACCUUCCGGGAGAUGCUGAGAGCCGAGAGUGGUCCAGUCCGUGGGCAGGCGCCUGCUUCCUCGGACUCGAUGGGUCGACACCUUUUGAGCAGAAGUUGCAAACAGAUUCCUUCUUGUACUUGUGGAGUCUCGCGAAGAGCAAUCCCGAGUCAAGUGUCAGGAUUAUCGAUAUGCAUGAUCUGCAAGACGACACGCCGUUGGAGAAGAUCUGGUACCGCGACUUGAUGCCAGAGUUUCGCGUCAUGUCCCCAGAUGAACUCCCGGCGGGAACAAAAGUCGGCAUGAGUUACAAAUCGGUGGUCAUCACACCGGCCAUCUUCCUUCCAUGGCUGCGCAAGAAGCUCGAAGACGCCGGCGUGAAAUUCGUCCGCAAAGACCUCAAGUCCCUCUCAGACCUAAAAGGCUUCGGUCACGAGGUUCUCGUGAAUGCUACGGGCUUCGGGUCCAAGUUCUUGACCGACGUCGCGGAUCAAAAUGUGCAGCAGAUCCGCGGGCAGACUGUUCUCGUCAAGACGCCGCAUGACAAGAUCUUUAUGCGCCAUGGGAAGGAUUACACAUAUGUUAUACCGCGGUUGGAUGGGACCGCUAUCCUUGGGGGUAUCAAGCAGGUUGACCAGACGUAUCCGGAAGUCGACCAAGAUAUCAAGCUGGACAUCCUACGACGCGUCCAUGAGAACUUACCGCAGGUCUUCCCCGGCACGCAACCGGAAGACUUUGAUGUUGUCCGCGACAAUGUCGGUAUUCGACCAGGACGAACGGGAGGAGUAAGGGUGGAAAAGGAGAUCGUGGACGGGGAGAAGAUCGUUCACGCGUACGGGACCGGAGGGGGAGGCUAUGUGUUUAGCUUUGGGCUGGCGAGAGCUGCUGGGACGAUGGUUAACGAUUUUAUGUUUGCGCCGCCGAAGUCGCGGCUGUAG